UGGCUGGCACUCGCCACUCACCCUCCGCCGCACCGUUCGCCGUCGUUCGCCGUAUGGUCGCGGCCACAGUGACGGUCAAACUGUUGGACGCAACACUUCGUGCAAUCCCUGACGUGUGUACGGUACGCGUGUAUUUGUGUGAAAAACCUGCCUGGCCAGAUUCUGUUUCGAAUAAAUGGGUAUAAGAUAGUACGUACAGAAAUGUGUGCAACGCCUCGCGCGCACCGUUAAACGCGUACGACUCGUCGACGUAAACACGGCGAAAAUACGGAUCGGAAAUCGGGCCGACGGACGGGUGGAUAUUUCGGAUCCGAGCGCGAUUCGAGACAGCCAGGACUGCGAGUCUCCUCACCCGGCAGGAUACGUUGCAAAAUUCCCAACGCACGGUGAGGGUUACAACGCGCCCGUCGCUCCGGACGCAUCCUUUACCUACGAGCAUAUUACAUAUACACCGAGUGUCUUGUUGAUUGUACGUAUUAUUAUUAUUAUUGGUGAGUGGUGGUGCCAAGUGCAAAGAGAGUGCGAUUGCCUACGGUGCAUGGGACUCGCUGCGAUGCCGUGGUCGUUGAAACUACGGACUUACGGGUAGCUCGGAGAGGCAGUGUCAGUGACUCAAGUCACGAUGCACAUGUCGCUGCUGCUGAGAUUGGUGUUAGCGGCAGUGGGUGUGCUGCUAGCGGGCGGGGGUGCAGCCUUUGCGGAUACGGUGGAAGUCGUCGGAGCCGGCGAACGCAACCGAGCCAUCGCUGGUGUCGAGGCUAGCCUCCUUUCCCUUCUGGGCUUCGCGAAGAGACCCAGGCCGUCGGGAUCUGCUCACGUGCCGGAGUCACUUAAGAAAUUAUAUAUUCGCCAGAGUGCCAUUGGAAUGGCGGACAUAGCGAGGCCCGGCAUACACGCUCGAUCCUCCAACACAGUUCGCUCCUUCGCUCACGUAGAGAGCAAGGUCGACGAGAAAUUCCAAAGUCCGCACAGAUUUCGACUGUCGUUUGACCUGAGCAGCGUACCGUUACAAGAGACGCUGCACGCUGCGGAGCUGAGCUUGUCGCGGGUCGCCCUGGUGGCAUCCGACGAAGACGCGGAAGGCUCGAGGUACCAGCGCAUCCUCAUCCACGACAUCGUCCUGCCUGGGGUCCGGGGUCGGAGUAAACCGAUCCUCCGAUUAGUGGACAGCAAGCUUGUCGACACGAGGGAGAAUUCAUCGGUGCCUCUGGACGUGCAUCCGGCGGUCGAAAGGUGGAUACAGAAUCCGGCCCACAACCACGGCCUCCUGGUUGAGGUUCUUGGAGCUAAACGGCGGAAGGAGGAGCACGUGAGGCUCAGGCGAAGCGUCGGCGAGGACGCCGAGUCCUGGACGGCUAAUAGGCCGUUCCUCUUCACGUAUACCGACGACGGUAAGAACGAAGCCGCAUCGGCUAAUCGGAUAAUGGAAAGGCGCGCGAAGCGGGCGGCUGUCAGGAAAAACCGGAGGAGAGACGGGCGGGAAAAUUGCCGGCGACACCCGCUCUACGUGGACUUUGCGGACGUCGGAUGGAACGAUUGGAUAGUCGCACCGCCCGGUUACGACGCGUUCUACUGCCACGGCGACUGUCCGUUCCCCCUUGCCGAUCAUCUCAAUUCGACGAAUCACGCAAUAGUGCAAACCCUUGUCUACUCGACGAACCCGAACAGCGUACCGAAGGCCUGCUGCGUGCCCACAGCCCUGACUUCCAUAUCCAUGCUCUAUCUCGACGAGGAGAACAAGGUGGUGCUAAAAAAUUAUCAGGACAUGGCUGUCCUCGGGUGUGGGUGCCGCUGAGAGGAUGGCGAUUCCCCUUAAAUUCUGCAAUUCUCGAUCCGCUGGAAUCGAUGAUGGACGAACACGCUGCUGCAGCGUUAUAAGUUUUCGGAAAAGGCAUGUGUUUAAUGUACGGGACAAUGUAUUUCGCUCCGAUGAAACAUGUGCCGAUACGAACGGGGCUUUCAUCUCAACAUAACCGAAUCUAUCUACAAGAUGAUUUGUAAAUCGUGGGAUGAAAGACUGUAUCCUCGAAUUACACAGGUCGAACGUAUAAUUUAUAUUUAUAUAUACUUCUGUACAUUGCAGUUAAUUCUAUUAUCAUUUGGAAAUUUAUCAAUCCCGUGAAACCUAAAUCGGUUCGGAUGGAAAUUUACCGAUCAGCAAAUGCUGCCGGAAUGGUAAAAGUGUGAGGAUUCGCAAGUUGCGUAGUGACGAUCUGCCGUCAAUCGAUUGGUGUAAAAUAGGACUCGGCAUGUCAAUUAUUGCCCUGGUCUCCACCUUUCCCUUGAACCUUUUUGUCCUCACUACCACAGUCUCUCCCUGUUUCUCUCUCUGUCCAUCUCUCGACUACCCUUGGAGACAUGGUCCCCCGUUGAAUAUCUCGAAUCGCAUAGAAGAAGAAUAAGGAUACAGCAUAUCCAGCGAGAUCGCUCCAUUCUCGAGACUUCUACACAGAGUGAGAUAGCGCGUGUGUGACGCUGCCGCAUUCUCUACAGUUUCAGUAAUCAACAAACCUGGCGGCCUAUCCAACCGCGGGAGCCUUAAGCCGCGUGCGUGAUAGGCAAAGCCGAACCUCCUUGGAUAUAAGCAGCGUGUCAUUUAUUAAUAAGGCUGUAGAGAAACCGGUAUAGAUUUAUAAAUAUAUAAGCGACCGCAGGUGCUACUUGUCCGAGAGAACGCAGCGGCACAACGGAGAUAUACGGCGAGGAAAGGCCGGGGAGAUAUUGUUUCAAACGAUAUUUUGUAGUAGUAGUAGUAGUAGUAGUAGUAGUAGUAGUAGUAAUAGUAGUAGUAGUAGUAGUAGUAGUAGUAGUAGUAGUAGUAGUAGUAGUAGUAGUAGUAGUAGUAGUAGUAGUAGUAGUA